AUAACAGUCAGUCUUCCGCCUGUGGAUACACAUACACACGUAGCUACAAAACAUGACCGCUUCUGUUAUCGUCCGGAGGUUAGCAGCUCUGUCAGGGGCUUCUGCGGUGGCAGCCGGGGCAUAUGGAGCUCACGGUUUCAAAAACAAAGACCCUGAUGAUUACCAGAGAGUGCUAUUUGAAACUGCCAACAAGUACCAUUUCUACCACAGCUUGGCCCUGCUGGGUGCUGCCCACUCUGGCAAACCUGCUGUGGCCGGUACCCUCCUGAUAGCGGGCAUGGGGAUGUUCUGUGGCUCUCUGUACCACCAGGCUGUGACGGGAGACCCUGGUAUGCGCAAGGUGGCUCCCAUGGGGGGCGUAGCUAUGAUCGUUGGCUGGCUGGCCAUGAUUCUCUGAGCUGCAGCAGCUCACACCUCCUCCUACUCCACGGGGGCACACUGUGCGACACUAAACUGUCAGACAGUGAUCGGAUGAAGUGGAGAGCAUGUGAGAGUUGGCUGGGAGGCUGUUGCUGAAGUGCUGAGUAAUAAAAUCACCCAUCUAACCGCUCCCUGCGUCAGGUUGUGGGUGUCAGCUGGUGAUAAGGUCACAACAGGAUUAUCACUUUUUAACCAUUGCUGUUUGUUUCUGACUGGUGCCCUCUGAUUGUUUUGUGUGGGUUAAACUGGAUAAGCAAAUGUACAGUGUGUAGUGCAUUUUUUCACCUCAACAAUUUGUUGAUGGAACAUUUUCAAUGGCAUGUCAAUUUUGUAUAUAAAUCCCUAAUGAGCUAUAUACAUUUCCAAUACUAUACUCAUUUCACUACUACAGUAAAUCCAGUUUAUGCAUUGCUUUAUACUUAUACUAUUUAUACUGCAUAGGUAUGAGUAUGUGGUAAAAAUAAAGAAUAUGAAUGAUUCAAGGUGAAAUAAACACUCUUUCUUACA